UGCCGGGAUUGAACGCGGCUCACGUGCGGCCGGUCUUAAAUUAUAAAAACAGCACGUGAAAUGGCCCUAGCGCGAAGAAUCGCCGGAAUCUGCUUGCGGCAGUUCCUUGUGUCCUCCAGGAGCCUCGCACAACCGAUUGCUGGACCCAGGAUAGCUCCCGUUGCCAGUUUUAAAGCGCCUUUCUGUACCGCGCCAGAGCAAAACGAUGAGCUGGGACGAUUGCAGCCCCGAAAGAUGACCCUCGUGUACACGUGCAAAGUGUGCCAGCACCGGAAUACGAACACAAUUUCCAAGCAGGCCUACGAAAAAGGGGUCGUCAUAGUGACCUGCGACGGUUGUAGAAACCACCACCUCAUAGCGGACAAUCUGAAUUGGUUCACCGAUUUAAACGGCAAACGGAACAUCGAGGACAUUUUGGCUGAAAAGGGCGAAAAGGUGACUCGAGUGAUUGAAGUAAAGGGAGAAACGUGAAAUAUAUUGCGAUAAGGAUAAAUAACAACAAAUCCAAA